CCGGGGCGGGCCGCGCGCGCGCAGUGAGGCGGGGGUGCGCGGCCUCCCCCUGUCGCGAUGGCCGAGCAAAAAAUGGAAAUUACCACUCCUCCGACAUCCAAGUGUAUCAUGUACUGGAAAAGGAAAGUCAAGUCUGAGUACAUGCGUCUGCGGCARCUCAAGAGGUUCCAGGCAAACAUGGGAGCAAAGGCUCUCUUUGUGGCCAACUUUGCAAAGGUUCAUGAAAAGACUCAAAUCCUUAAUGAAGACUGGAAGAAGCUUCGAGUGCAGCCAGUGCAGUUGAUGAAGCCAGUCAGCGGGCACCCUUUCCUGAAACAGUGCACUGUUGAGAGCAUUUUCCCAGGAUUUUCAAGCCAGACACUGUACAUGAGGACCCUGAACACRGUGGCACUGGUGCCCAUUAUGUACUCCUGGUCCCCUCUUCAGCAGAAUUUUAUGGUGGAGGAUGAAACAGUUCUGUGCAAUAUCCCUUACAUGGGSGACGAGGUGAAGGAAGAAGAUGAAACUUUCAUUGAAGAACUUAUUAAUAACUAUGAUGGGAAAGUUCAUGGAGAGGAAGAAAUGAUCUCAGGGUCAGUCCUCAUCAGUGAUGCCGUGUUCCUGGAGCUAGUGAAUGCUCUGAAUCAGUACUCGGAUGAGGAAGAGGAAGGACACAAUGAUUCUGAGGGGAAACAGGAGGAUGGGAAAGAGGAGCUGCCAGUGACAAGGAAAAGAAAGCGAAUUGCAGUGGAAGGUAACAAGAAGUGCUCCAAGAAGCGGUUCCCCAAUGACAUGAUAUUCACUGCUAUUUCUUCCAUGUUUCCUGAGUAUGGCUUCCCAGAGGAUAUGAAAGAAAGGUACCGGGAGCUCACGGAGGUGUCUGACCCGAACGUGCUGCCACCACAGUGCACUCCCAACAUYGACGGGCCGUGCGCCAAGUCAGUGCAGAGGGAGCAGUCCCUGCACUCCUUCCACACCCUCUUCUGCCGCCGCUGCUUCAAAUACGACUGCUUUCUGCAUCCUUUUCAUGCUACUCCUAAUGUGUACAAACGAAAGAAUAGAGAGACCAAGAUUGAGCCAGAUCCUUGCGGCGCAGACUGUUUCCUCUGGCUGGAAGGAGCCAAGGAGUUUGCUGCGCUGCACAACCCCCGAUCCAAGUGCUCAGGCCGGCGGCGGCGGCGGCACCACGUGGUGGGCGCGUCCUGCUCCAACRCCCCGGCUGUCACUGAGACCAGGGAGGGCGACAGCGACCGCGACACRGGCAACGAGUGGGCCUCGAGCUCCUCGGAGGCCAACUCCCGCUGCCAAACCCCCACUAAGCAGAAGCUGAGCCCGGCCUCCUCGCAGCUGUUUGCRGUGGAGACGCCGCAGGAGCCCGUGGAGUGGACGGGAGCUGAGGAGUCGCUCUUCCGUGUCUUCCAUGGGACCUACUUCAACAACUUCUGCUCGAUUGCCAGGCUGCUGGGGACAAAGACCUGCAAGCAGGUAUUUCAGUUUGCAGUGAAGGAAUCGCUUAUAACGAAACUGCCAACAAACGAGUUAAUGAAUCCAUCCCAGAAGAAGAAAAGGAAGCACAGGCUGUGGGCUGCUCACUGCAGGAAGAUCCAGCUGAAGAAAGAUAAUUCUCCGACCCAGGUGUACAACUACCAGCCCUGUGACCACCCCGAGCAUCCCUGUGACAGCUCCUGCCCUUGCAUCAUGACUCAGAAUUUCUGUGAGAAGUUCUGCCAGUGCAACCCUGACUGUCAGAACCGCUUCCCAGGCUGYCGCUGUAAGACCCAGUGCAACACCAAGCAGUGCCCCUGCUACCUGGCUGUGCGGGAGUGUGACCCAGACCUCUGCCUCACCUGUGGUGCUUCGGAGCACUGGGAYUGCAAGGUGGUCUCCUGCAAGAACUGCAGCAUCCAGCGAGGCCUCAAAAAGCAUUUGUUGCUGGCUCCAUCGGACGUGGCUGGCUGGGGGACUUUCAUCAAGGAGGCUGUGCAGAAGAACGAGUUCAUCUCUGAGUACUGUGGGGAGCUCAUUUCACAGGAUGAGGCUGACAGGCGAGGAAAGGUCUACGACAAGUACAUGUCCAGCUUCCUCUUCAACCUCAACAAUGAUUUUGUUGUUGACGCUACUCGCAAAGGAAACAAAAUCCGCUUUGCCAACCACUCGGUGAACCCCAAUUGCUAUGCGAAAGUUGUGAUGGUGAACGGAGACCACCGGAUCGGUAUCUUYGCCAAGAGAGCCAUCCAGGCAGGAGAGGAGCUCUUCUUUGACUACAGGUACAGCCAGGCAGAUGCCCUCAAGUACGUCGGCAUAGAGAGGGAGACGGACAUCAUCUAA